CGGAACGCAUCGGUUUGGGCUGCAUGCAUUGCGCGAUGGAAAAUUUAAAAAAUCACAACGAUCAGGAAGUGACGGGUGUGUCACGAAGUGGCCGCGUGUGUAAAAAGCCAUCCAAAUUGAUGGACUUUCAAUCGCCGGAUGAUAUUGAGGCGAAGCAAAAGAAACUUCCACCCACACAACGGCACUCCGCAAAGCUGUCCUCGUCACAGGACGAUGUGCAUACGGAGUCGGAUGAGAAUGAAGAAUUUCAAUCGAACGGUUCGAGCGGAAGUGAAACGGACAGCAGCGAGGACGAUGCGAUGGACCAUGAGGAAGGAUACACCGGAAAGGACGAUGGUGACAAGAGCGAAGCAGAACUAGUGAUUGAUUCUACGUCGAAAAGAAAGGUACAGACGGCGAAGAAAAGAAGCGAUAAAACCAAACGUUCCAGCCGUGGUGCUAAAUCCGGAAACAGAAGCUCUGCCACGAAGCGAAGAAAAACGAAGAAGCGUACCAAUUCAAACUCACUCACGCACAAGCGGAAGGAUAAAUCGGGCCCGGCUAAUAAACCUACCGCUGCCGGAGGCUGCUUGCCAACCGAUGUAGCAGCACACCUUAGCCUGCUGGGCGAUAGUUUAACCAUUAUCGGCGAACGUCUGAAGGAACACGAGGGCCAAAUUACCGUUUCAGGCAGUUUAUCGGUACUGUUGGACAGUUUAAUUUGUUCGCUUGGUCCACUCAUGUGCUUGACGCUGCAAAUACCCGGAUUAGAUCGCAAUUCGGACCAUCUGCGGGGAUUGUUCCGUACCACGCUGGAUAACAUCGCCUACGUAAUGCCCGGUUUGUAGCCAGGGUAGCGGUGGCCAACCAUUUUAAAAUGCUUUUUAUGUAAUUAAGUUCCUUGGACAGUUCGCCAAAACGGAUAAACAUACAAAAACCAAAUAUAAUGGUACUUCAUCGCUUUAUUGCAAUAUUAUACUUCACUGAUCACAAUUAUUCACACCUUACAUGUUUUUU